AUGAUGAAUUCCGAUGGCUCAGCACCGCCAGAUGAUCAACAAAGGAUUAGCGACUCAGACCGCGAAAAUUUCAUCGCACGAUUAACAAAUAUCUUUGGUGGAAAUCGAGAGUUGGCCUUAAAUUUUGACGAAGAUGCUUUUAAUCGUAGUGGUGGCAAAUUGUUACUCUACCGUCGAGUGCUCCAGGCUUUAGUGCAGCGAAGAAAUCAACAGGCUCAACAACAACAACAACAACAACAACAGCAGACGAUGAUGAAUUCACAAGGUCAACAACAAAUGUAUAUGCAGCCCCAACCAUCACAAACAUCUGCAAUGCCUCAACAGAUACAACAGCAGCAGCAAUUACCCCCCACAAAUCAAUCUUCGUAUACAAUGCAAUCAUCAACAUCGAUGAUUCAGUCGACACCAAUGAUGAAUAUUAAACAAGAACCACAAUCCUCGUUAGGAAAUAUUCAAGCACGGCAAACUAUGCAGAAUUUGGUCAUGCAGCAACAGCAGCAGCAGGCACCAUUACUUAUCAAACAAGAAGUUACAACACAGUCGUUGCAGCAACAACAACAACAAAUUGGACUUCAGAUUCCACAAAUGCGGCCACAGCAGCAGCAAUUGCAACAACCUCAACAAAUGUCACUUGCACCAUCUCAGUUUAUGCAUCAGCAGCCACAGCAACAACAACCAAUAUCAACUUCAUUGGCGCCCCCACAACCUGCUCCUCCUCAACCAGCACCGACGCCACAACGUACACUUGCUCAGCAUCUUCAACAGGUACGUCAGCAAAAUCAUCUCAAUCAGCAGCAGCAAGAGCCGCCAGGUUCCUCUCAACUUCAGCAACAACUGCAACCAACGAAUUCAUCAGUAUUACCCCAAUCAUCAUCAUCAUCAGCAGCAGCAUCUGGCAGUCAAGAUGAAAUUCUUCAGCAUCUCCUGUCUAGCCCUAAUCCACCUAAACAACCACCAAGUACGGCACAAAGUGUAGUUCAAGCAAGACUUCGAAAUAUGAAUCGCAAUAUUCGUCACCAAUCAAUGUCAACUCUUCAAACUGCACAGCAACAACAACAACAACAGCAGCAGCAAAGUCCGAUGGCAUCAGGUGCAGAUACCCUAAUGACAUCGAGCGGCGUAUCAUCUCCACAUUCUCAUCCGGGAAUAAUACAACAACAAGCAACGCCACUUGCACAACAACCGGGACAAAGUCCACUAGCACGUUACAUGAUGUCCCAAUCUCCACAAAAUAGUAUCUAUCGUCCCCAAAUGUCUCCGAUAAAUAUGAUCAAUUACGCCGGUAGUCCAACCGUAAUGAUCGACGAUGAAAUACACUUUCUCUAUAAAUAUUUCAAUGAACGCAUUCAAUUUUUAACUCGAAUAAUUGCACGAUGUCAACAAGAAGGUCAGCAUGAAAAAGCAGUCAAAUAUCGUCAGUUACACGAACAGGUUUCGAAUUUCGUACGAAAUCUCACCCCGGAACAUUUAAUGACUGCACGCCGUCUCAAAGAGCAUGUCGACCGAAUGCUGGGACCCAUGGUCAUGCCUCAGAUAAACGAUGGUACGGCGAGCGCACCGCCAAAUUCUCGUUUGGUCACGAGCGGCGUUUUCGAACAAUGCCAGCGUACGAUUGUUGACUAUCUUAGCAAAAACUCGACACUGAAAUACAAUAUUGCGAAACGAUUUCUCGAGCCACUAAGUGAAGUUUUGAAUGGCGUACCUCACAAAACUAUUCGUUUGGAUACGGAAUGCAAACAAGUUGAGGAACGAAUCUCCUUGUCGACGAAUUCUCAUGUGCCGAUUUCAAUGAAUCAUAUCAUCGAAUGCGAAUUUGCUCAUUCAUCAAUGAAUACAUUUUCAUAUGAACUCAAGCCAUUGCAUGACAGGAGUUCUUCGACACCCUCGAUGCUUAAAAAUAAAGAUACAAUGGUCGAUGACUACGAGCUGACUUGUCAUUUCAUUGAGAUCGACAUGCCUCUUGUUCCACCAUUGAAAUUAAAAUUAACAGUACAGUAUCCCAACGAACCACCGGAAGUGCUUUCGUUGACAUCCACAGCAAUGAGCUUAACACCGACGAAAUUAGAAAAUUCAGAUGGAAAUACUUUCUUUGAAACGAUCUCUCGAAAUUUUGUGUACUUUUUAUUUAAACUACCGACUCAACAUACUGUGACCGAUAUUUUAGAUAUAUGGCGUACAGCCAUUCGUAAUGCAUCUUUAUCUCAAAACGAUUCAUGA